AUGCUUUCUCAAUGCCCGGAUACUUUAACAAAUAUUAACAAACUUGCAUUAAAUGUAAGUAAUAGGCUUAUUAGUCAACUUUUGUGUUAAUGAAUAUUGCAGAGUGUUGAAAGCUUGAUUGUAAACGUUCUCCAAGGCCAGUCAGAACUGGAAACACUGAGGAAUUCAUACAAAACAUCAAUUACAUCGGUUGGAAAGCAUAUUUUCACAACUUAUUAUAUUGGAUGUGAAAAAACUAGCGAGGAGAUAUUAUCUGGAUAUUUGGAAGGUUAUUUAUUAGUGCUGACGUUGUAUUUCAACAUAUUUGAAAAAUUUUAAGGCAUUCAAAUUCACUUCAAUCAUUUAGUAUGUACAAAUGUCGUUAAAGUUAUAGACGAUAAAUGGGUAGCUUUGCAAAACUGCUACAAACUUUUCAUGGAAGAAAUAAUGAAGGUUAGUUCAAAUGCAAAGCAAACUUGCAUUUGACCCAAUGACUUUCAGGAGUCUUUGCAAGAAAGAUGUUUGUCGGAUAUUCGCAAAAAUUUGAGCAAUCUUAUCCUACUUGCUCAGAAUAAACUGGAAGAGUACUCUCAAAGAAUCAUGGUUAUGGCUGAAGAACAUAGACGUUAGAUAAUUCUAUUGUUUAAAACAAAUUUGAAGACUUUGAAACUUACUUAUAGGUUGCAAGGCAUCGUUCGAUGAUGAUUUGUCUGCAGAAACAUAUAUCAUCAAAAAUAAAUUUACUAGUGACUUAAAACAUGACUUUGAAAGCAAACGAAUUGAAAAGUUGAGAACAUUCGUUGAACAUAUGAACGUUUCAGUAAGUAAAUCAGAUAAAAUAGUUAAGAACGCGGCAGUACUUCAGAAUUUUGAAAAAUGUGACGCAUGUGUAAAAGAAUUCCAACAACAUAUAAAGAAACGAAAGGAACUUUUGAACAGUGUAUCCACAUCUGAAAAAGAAUUGAGAUCGCUGAUUUUCAAGAGGAAGUAUGAACACUUUAAAAAAAAACCGGGUCAUUUUUUUCCAGAAAAGCGCCUUUUACGCAUUUCGCAAGUACUUCUACAUCCACGAAAACGUUUAAUACUUCAACAAUGAAGGUAAUUUCAAUUACCGUAAAUACUGUGUCAGAAGGGCACAAUGAGCUAGAGCAGUUUUAAGAGGCAAUGUGAGAAGUUCAAAAACUGCAGGUCACUAAAAAUUCAGAAUGCUUCAAUUUGUCCCAUAUUAUACCCAAUGGGUACUUACAUAACAGUAAUACAUCAGACAAGUUUUGGUCCGGCUCCGUGGUCCCUAGUCCGAUCACGGUCACAAAAUAGGUCAAACCUGUAACUAAUUUCAAAAAAAUGCUAGCGUCUCAGACUCAACGCCAUUCGAUUUCUCGCAUCUUUUUAAACAUUUUUCAUGUUGGCACCAAAAAUUUAGCACCUCUCCUUCAUGGAGGAAAAUAUUGUUUUGUGACAUUUUUCAGAAAAUUUUUCAGUUUUCUGCUCAUCCUGAAAAAUUUUAACACUACAUAGCCAUGAUUUUAUUGCUAAUUCUGAAUCUAGACAUUAUUGUGCUUCUGCAAAAAAAAAAAAAAAUAUUUGUUGUUUUCGUAUACUUUUAGGCAUUCUUGAUUUUUUUGAAGCAUUUCGAAAAUUAAUUUUUUCUCGAAAAUUUUGUCAUGACCCCCGGGUCGACGACUUGGUCUAAUUUUUUUAAAUUCUACUGUUAUGUAAGUAACCAUUGGGUAUAAUAUGGGACAAAUUGAAGCAUUCUGAAUUUUUAGUGACCUGGUGUAAUUAGCGAAUUUCGAGGUUCUCAGACAUUGCCUUUUAAGUCGCAUGUCCUUCUAUUUUACGGUAUUUACGGUAUUUCCACUGCUUUGCCACAACGAUCUGAAUUUGCAGUUGCUUAGUCUAAAUUCAUUAAAUAGCCAAUUAGAGAAGACGUCAGUUACCAGUGCAAAAACGUUGUCACUACAAAAGUCUAAAUUGAAUUAUCAGUUGUGUGAUGUAUUACAACGGACAACUCAACAGCAAAUCAAAUUAUGUAAAAUGUAUAAUCAAGCAGUCCAUUUAAAUUACAUUGCUGCAGUUGAUUAUUGUAAUUUUUCUUAUUCCAAAUUCGCAUGUCUACAAAAUUGAAUAACAGAGUACAAUAAAGUUUUGUUUUGUCGGUUUUAUAAUAAUGAUUAUGAAGAAAGAACAUGAAUAGUAGAAGUCAAUAUGCAGUAGCGGCCACUGAAAUAUCCCCUUUUGGUUUUUUCGCUAUAACUUUUUUUAGAGAAGAGCUAG